AUGCAGGUCGUCCGGCUAUUUGCAAAAAGCAUCGUCUGGUUCAGUUUUAUUGUUCCUUCUGUUCAAUCAUUUUCAGAAGCUCGAGGCGCAGCAGCAACGGUAUUUAGACUUAUUGACGAGGGAAAUGACUCAAAUGUCAAUGAAAUAGAUGUAUGGAAAGAAGACACAGAACCAAUUUAUGAUAUCAAUGGUGAUAUUGAAUUUAACAAUGUUAACUUUACUUAUCGAUCUCGAGAAGAUACACCAGCUCUGCAUAAUCUUUCUAUUAUUGCUCAUGCUGGUCAGACAACUGCUCUUGUAGGUUCAAGUGGCUCUGGAAAAAGUACAUGUAUAUCACUUUUUCUUCGUUAUUAUGAACCUUCAUCGGGUCAAAUAAUGAUUAAUGGCCGACCGAUAACAGACUAUUGUGUUAAACAACUUCGGCAAAACAUUGGGAUUGUUAGUCAAGAACCUAUUCUGUUUAGUAUGAGUAUUUAUGAAAAUAUUCGUCUUGGUAAAGUAGAUGCAACACAAGCAGAAAUCGAACAAGCAGCACAAGAAGCAAAUGCACAUAAUUUCAUCAUGCAAUUACCAAAUAAAUAUGAAACAUUUGUUGGUGAACGUGGUAUACAGUUGAGUGGUGGUGAAAAACAACGUAUUGCAUUAGCUCGUGCCCUUGUCAAACAGCCUACAUUUCUUUUACUUGAUGAAGCAACAAGUGCACUUGAUAAUAUUAGCGAAAAAAUUGUUCAAGAAGCGCUCGAUCGAACGUGUAAAGGUCGUACAACUAUUGUAAUUGCUCAUCGUUUGACUACAAUUCAAAAUGCUCAUCAAAUAUAUGUAUUAGAUAAUGGAACUGUGAUUGAACAAGGUACACAUGAAAUAUUGAUAGCAAAAGAAGGAGCAUGUGUACUUAGUGGAGCAACUCAACCAAUGUUCGCAUUUUUACUUGCCAAAGUAGUUGAUGCAUUCAAAUAUUGUUCAUCCUCUGAACGAAAUCGUCAAGUGAUGAUUAUCAGUUCUCUUUUUUUACUUACGGGUGCUCUUUUAUUGAUUUUUCGUUUCAUUCAAUAUACAGCUUUCGUCAUAUCAGGAUCGAAAUUGGCACAACGUAUUCGUUCGAAAGCAUUUGCAUGUCUUCUUCGUCAAGAAGUUGCUUAUUUCGAUCGACCUGAAAACAAUUCUAAUACCAUUUGUACUCGUCUUUCUUCUGAUGCAACAGCUGUGCAAGAGAUGAGUAAUACGAGAUUAGGAGUCAUCUGUGAAGCUCUCACAGUGAUAUUUUUUGGAAUAUUAUUUGGAUGUCUCAUAAGUUGGCAAUUAAUAUUGAUCGUUUUUGGUUCUCUUUUUAUCCUAUGUAUAAUCACUUAUGGGGAUGUACGGAUAGGCCUAUGGACAACUAAACAAUCCAAUCAUAUUGUUGAACGAGCAAGCACGCUCGCCGGUGAAGUUAUUCACAAUAUGCGUACAAUAAAACAACUGUCAGUAGAAAAGGAAGUUCUACGACAAUAUUCUGAACUUAUUCAUCCGACACUAAUGUCUAGCCGUAUCGCUUCAUCAAUUUCAAGUGUUGAAGCGUUUUUUGAUUUAUUUGAUCGAAUACCAUCUAUCGACAAUACAUCUACUGAAGGACAAGAAUUGGUUGAUUUUCAUGGCGAGAUAACAUUUGAUCAAGUCAAAUUUAUCUAUCCAACUCGGUCAACAUCUAUUAUUCUUAACGCAUUUCAAUUGAAUAUCAAACCAACUCAAUGUGUAGCUCUUGUUGGAGCAUCUGGAUGUGGGAAGUCAACAAUUAUUCAACUGUUAGAACGAUUUUAUGAUGUUACAAGUGGUCAAAUACUUCUUGAUGGCAUUGAUAUUCGAAAACUAAACCUUAAUUCGGUUCGUUCUCAUUUUGGCCUUGUCAGUCAAGAACCAAUUUUGUUCGAUUUAACGAUUGCUGAAAAUAUAGCAUAUGCCUUAGAAAAUAUUUCAAUGGAAGACAUUAUCAAUGCAGCACGUAGAGCUAAUAUUCAUCAAUUUAUUGAGCAACUGCCUCAGGGUUAUGAAACAAAAGUAGGAUUGAAAGGCAGUUUCUUGUCAGGUGGUGAGAAGCAACGUAUUGCUAUUGCUCGUAUUCUUCUUCGUCGACCUAAAGUAUUGCUCUUAGAUGAAGCUACGAGUGCCAUGGAUUCAUACAAUGAACAAAUUGUACAAGGUGCUCUUGAACAAGCUCAAACAGAAGAUUCUAGUCGAACAUCACUUAUUGUUGCUCAUCGUCUAUCAACUAUUCGUUCAUGUGAUUUGAUUUGUGUACUUGAUAGAGGACAUAUAGUAGAAAGUGGUACACAUGAAGAAUUGAUACAAAGACAUGGAGCUUAUUAUGAUAUGCUUGUUCAAAACAAUUUACAAUGA